UUUACAUUGGAGAUAAUGUUGGUAGUUGACAAUUAUUUUUCUUUUGAUGCAGUUGGAAUGCUUUGGACUGGAGAGACACCAGAGGUUAAAGCACUCGAGGAGAACAUGGCUUCAUAUUUUAAUAUGUUGCAAGGGCUUCUUCUGCUCUCCCACUCAAGUACAGUGGGCGCAGGACCUACCCUGUCUUCUAGCAUUCAUGCAUCCAUUAAGCAAGUUGUUGAUAGCAGUUUCAUGUUGAUGAAAGAGUCUGUGUCCUCAUAUGGAUCUGACAAUAGAAAACAGAAAUUAUCGAUCCCACAAUUGGUGGGCACUGUAUGGGAAGCUUGUUCUGCUCUUAAGAAGACUCCAGCCACCAAUAUUACUGCUAUAGGUCGAGCAAUGACACAACUUGCCGUUUCCAUGAAGGAUGUACUUCGUGAAAUGAAUGAACUGAAGCCAACAUCAUCUGAUGUAGUAGACGAGUCUUCUGUUCAAGAUUCUCCCGAAGGAGAAAGCAAAUCCGAUGAUAGUGAUGAUUCAUUUGGUGGUGAUCUAGGCAAUGAUCUUUCUCCGGAGGAAAUGAAAAUUGCACGGUUAACUACUGAUGUGGUGUCUGAAACACUUGUGGUCAUUAAAGAACUCAUUCGCUCCAUUACUAGCUUGCUUAAGCAGGAAAGUUCCAUGGAUAAUGCUACUUUUGUAGCCUCUCUGGAGAGACUAUUAAAACUUUCUCAGGAAAUCGGAUUGCAAGUUGAUGAACUUGGAGCUUCUCUUUAUCCUCCACAAGAAAUUUCUGCAUUGAGGGCUGCUACAGAGAAGAUCUCAAGUAGUAUCGAUGAAACACAGGUCGAGUUGGAAAAACUUAAAGGGUGUUCAGAAGAUUUUGUUAAAGCAUGCACAGGUUUGCGGAGUUCAUUGAAACGGCUGGAAGCUGAAUUAGAUCACUCAGAUGCAACUGAUACAAUGUCUAAGAUGGAAAACCUUGUUAUCGAGUAAUGUUAGUAAAAAGGGAAAGAGAAAGGGGAGGAGAAAUAGAUGCUUCUCAAUGAGAUUCUUAGUUUGUAGCUAUGAGUAUGGAGUAAAAAGUUUUAACAGUUAGUUGGAUGUGUUCUUGGUUUUUUGCCAUUAAAUGAAUAUAGAGUUAUUAAACCAUCAAAUGAAUAUAGAGUUGUAGAUCGAUUACUCAUUCCAUACUGUGAAGAAUUAUAGGAAAUUGUUCGAUUACUUCUUUCUAUUUCUUUCUCAAUGAUAUUCGACGAUCAAGACAAUUUCAUUUUAGU